GAUCAAAUUAUCUAAUAAGCAGUCAAUAAAUAUUUAUUUAAAUACUCUGACUUAGCUGCUUUUGCAUGAACAUAAUGUUGCAUGUGCCUCUUGUGUUAAUAACGGGUUUUCCUAUGUAUGACUGUGUUGACCUUCAUUUUUCCAUUGUAUAGUGCUGUCUUCUAUUUUGUAACAGUAGUGGGCUUUAUCAAAUCAGCAUGGAGAGUAGGCAUUCUCUUUAUUGAAAGCUACAAUCUUCCUGCCUAAAAUUUUCAACAUAUUCUUUUAUUUAUAGAGUGGUCUUUUGCAAAAUGAGAAGGUAAGAGAUGUACACAGCUCAGUAACACCAUGUCAACAUUGUCCCCACCACCUUCCUCUCUCUCAGUUAAACCAGUGCAAAUGUUUGCAACGGUGCAGGUGCAAGUUUGUACUGAAGGAUUUUCUAUUCAGACAGCCACCCUCCAAAGCCUCCGCUGCUCAAAUUACAUUUUAUGUUACAUAUGGGGUAUUUAUAGCCACACGUCUGCCAUGAGAUAUAGUCAGGCUGCAGGUUUCUCUGCGUAAUGGGAAGAGUGGUAUUACAAAUAAGUUAUAUAUAGUCUUGCAACUUGGAUAUAGCAUAUUUAGAUCAAAUAGAUUGGGAAGCAUUUUCCAAAUUGGAAACUUUCAUAUGCAAAUAGCUUGAUGAUAUUCAUGGAUUCAGUGCUUAAAUGAAAUCACUUGAGCAUGGCUUUAUUUUAUAUGUAGUUGAUUAACUAGUCAGAUGUACUCUAAUCUGUUUUUUUUGUUUUUAUAUUUGUAGGAAAAUUAGAGUAGAAACGUAAUAUUUUAUCUUAUACUCUAUAUCACUGUGGGACAAUUUUCCAAAGGAUUUCAUAUUUUGUUUGCGUUCGGAGGCUUGUAACUUGCUUUAGAUAAAUGAUUCAUCAUAGUGAGAAUCUUAUCACCCUUUCUUUGUGCGUUGUCUUUUGUUUUGACAACCGCUACUUAUCUUCUUCCUUGUCUUUUUCUGGCUAUCUCUAAAAUCUAUUCGAUCCAACAUCAUGAGGCGUUUUCUAAAUGAUUCCCAGCUCAGAAAUGUUAAUAUGUUAAUGAUAAUGUGACCCUGAAGAAAGAUGAGGCAAUGCAUGGAUCAUCUAUCUGAAGCAAGUGAAACCGAAUGGAAAUCAAUAUGUUAUUCUUUGGAACAUUAUCAGACUAAUGUAAAAUAUCUAAGAUUUUUAGUUAUCAUAUAAAAUCAUAGACAAGGACUAGAAGUGACAAACAAAAUAGUGCUUUUACAGAAGGACUGGUUGGUGAGGCAAUGAUUAGGCUUCAUGGAUUAAAACAGUUCUCCCUUUUUGUCCUGUUCUUCCCUGAAUAUUUCCGUUAUUGCGUAUCGGAGGACGCACACUGACACUUCGCUCCUUCUUUCUCUGCCCCCAACAGACGAGAACUUCACUCUCAAACACGACAGAGCCUUCCUGUUGUCUAUGGCCAAUCGUGGGAAGGACACAAACGGCUCACAGUUCUUCAUAAACUCUAGCAUCCUGCUCUUCCAAGCACAACCAAGAUGGCCCCUCAUCUUGACGGUGUCCACGUCGUCUUUGGUGUCGUCAUCUCCGGCUUUGAAGUGAUAAAGAAGAUCGAGGGUCUGAAGACUGAUUCAGCCAGCAGGCCCUACGCUGAUGUGAGAGUGAUGGACUGCGGGCAACUUAUCACUAAGUCUGCAAAUGAUGUACUUGAAGGCAAGAGGAAACGAACCUCGCAUUCAGCUGACUCGUCCCUCAAUUCCCAUGAGUCGUCCUCCCAGUUCUCCUCUUCAGUGGGAUCUGAAAGUGAAUCGGAUGAAAAGCACAAACAUCACAAGCACAAGAGACAUGUGAAGAGUAAACGGUCAAAAAGGAAAAGGAGGGAAUCAAAAAAAGAGAGGAACAACACACCCUCCAAGCAGAGCUCUCACAGUCCUGUAGAAAAAGAGAUGCUGGAGGGGGAGAAUGAAGUGGAGGGAGAGAAGGAGCAGAGUGGGAAGAGAGAAAAACCUGUCGUCCGCCCAGAGGAAAUCCCUCCGGUGCCAGAGAACCGUUUCCUGCUGCGACGGGACAUGCCAUCUCAGGAAGAUAAAACAGAGAUAAUUGAGAAAGAAGAAACGUCUCUUUCAACUGACCACAAACCAGCAGUGUCCAAGUCUGGACGGAAGAUUAAAGGCAGAGGAACUAUGAGAUAUCACACCCCCACAAGGUCUAAAUCACGCUCUGCAUCUCUGGAAGAGCGUGGUAGCAGCGAAACUCCGCCACACUGGAAGGAAGAGAUGAAAAGAACCAAAGUUUAUCAUCCACCGAGCAUCGAGAGAUGGAGCAAAGGAGACAAAUUGAAUGACCAUUCCUCAAGCAGAUGGGAUGACAGAAGCGACUCCGCAUGGUCCCGGUCUGCAGAACACUCUUCAGACCGCAGCUCAGAGAGGUCCAGCCAGCGCUGCCAACAGAAGAAAGAGAAGAAGAAAGCCAAACGCAAGAAGAAAGCCAAAAAACGCAAACACAGCAAGAAGAAGAGCUCCAAGAGCAAACCUCAAGAGGCUUACCUGUCAGAGGGUGAAAGGUCGGUAUCCUCAGGAAGAAAGUCCAGAAGAUCCCGUUCUCCAUCCCGCUGCUCUUCAAAUCACCAUCAUUCGUCAACUCGAAAGAGGAGGCGGUCCUCGCUGUCUUUCAGAGACUCGCGGUCCUACUCUAGAUCUUACACAUCCAGCCAAUCAAGAUCAAGAGAGAGGUCCAGGUCUUAUUCAAGAUCUAGAAGCCUUUCUCCAUCUAGAAGUCGGUCUUUGUCUAGAUCCAGAUCUCAGUCCUAUUCUCGAUCCCGGUCUAGAUCCCGGGCAAGAUCAAGAUCCAGGUAUAGAUCUAGGUCUUCAUCCAGAAAGAGGAGUUUAUCCAGAUCCCCUAGAAAGAGGAAAGCAAGCAAGCCCAAAGCUGAUGCCAUGAUCCAUGUGCCUGAGAAGCUUCCAGACAACAAAGUCACACCUGUCCCCAGACUCCCCGCUGUCCCGGCUCCUGAAAGUGUCCCUGUGAUCCCACUGAGCGACAGUCCCCCACCUUCACGCUGGAAACCUGGUCAAAAGCCCUGGAAGCCCUCCUACAUCCAUAUUCAGGAGAUUAAAGCUAAAGUAGCUCCCAGUAACAUUUCCACUGGACAAGCAGCUGAUGGCGUUACAGAAAAAGCUCAGACCUCAGUCACACCCAAAGGUCUGCCAGGUGAGACUCAAAGCGACAAAGCACGCAAACAUGCAGAACGUUCACGCAGCAGGUCCUCCAGAAGCAAGUCCUACAGCCGUUCAAGGAGCAGAAGUUACAGCAGGUCUAGGUCCAGAUCCCCUCAUCAGUAUAACAGCAGAUCAUCCUCACCUAGCAGAUCAGACUCUGAAAACUCCCAGAAGACAGGGAGCAAUAAAAAGAACUCACUAGACAAGGAAUGGAAAGAGUAUUAUAGCUCUUUGCAAAGGAUCAAAAAUUUAGAUAAGUACAUUUCACUCACUAGUAGUCAAGAUGCUCAGUCCGGCUCGGAGAACAGGGCAGGCUGUGAGCAAAGUCCUGAUAUCAGUGUUUCGGCUAGAAGUGGCUCUUUGGAGAAAAUAAAAGAGAGAGGCAGCUUACAGGAUCAAGACACGAAGCAUCACAGCUCAACGCUGGCAGAGAGCUUUAAUAACCGGUCUGAAUGGGAUAGCGACAGCGACAAAGUGAGCCAAAGCAACAGUGCUACCCUCUCGAAAAGGCUAAAACGAGCAGUUCAGUCCAGUGAGGUUCUCGACAAGAAACUGUCUGCUCUCACUGGGUGGAAUUCAGAAAGCGAUUCUGAAAACAUAACAGCCAGGACUUUGACCAUAUCUGAAAAAGAAGAAGGGGAGGCAAGUUCAGAAUCAGAAUAUGAGACUUCGAGAAAGACGUCGGAGGCGGUGGUUUCUCUGGCACACAAGAGUGCCGCUGCUGCUCCUUCUUCAGGUCCGUCAGAGGAAAGUCCUGAGAAGUCAGCCGAGCCCGAGAAGCACAAGAGCAAGAAGAAGUCCAAACGUAAGCACAAACACAAGAGAAGAAGUGAGAACAAAAGCAGCUCCCAUCACAGUAAGGACAAAGGAAAGAGAUCUAAGAGGAAACAUCAGAAGCUCAAAGAGACUUUUCACUGGCAGCCACCUUUAGAGUUCGAAGAGGAGGAGGAAGAAGAUGAAUCAAAACGGGAGAAACGCAGUCCUGGUAGAGUUGUCAAAGAAAGGCCUGGUGUGGACAGUAUGAAUGACAAAGACCAACACGUGACCUCUUUAAAUAAGAAUCCUAAUAGAGAAGAAGAUAGAGGGCAACAGAGAGCAAAGCACAGUGAACCUCCUCUUCAGUCAUCCAGCAGGAACGGUGCUAAUUUACUCAGUGUCAAAGAGCAGGAGUCAUUAGAUGAUAUGGACAUUUGUACUCCAGAGCAUGAAGCUGAAAUUGUAGAACCUCCAGUUGCACAGGAUUCUUGUGAUAACGCCCGAGAAUUAACCCUAAAAUCUACCUCAAGGUCUUCAAAUAUGGCAAGUAAAGAUAGAGCGUUACCUCACAGCAAAGAACAGCCCUCUGCUACCUCCACGACAGCCACUGGUGGACUGCAAGACGAAGCAACCAGCCUCAAACCCACCGGCAUUAAUUUCAAGUGGAGGCCUCUGAAAGGAAUGUCAGCCGUACAGAACGUAAACGCACCAACCGUCACCACAAAAAACAUCGAACUUCAAGAGAACCUGACCUCCAACGCACAGGGAGUGAGGAUGGAGAUAAAAAGCAAAAGCAGAGUCCGACCGGGAUCUCUGUUUGACGAGGUUCGUAAGACAGCACGGCUCAACCAGAGGCCGAGAAACCAGGAGAGCUCCAGCGAGGAGAGAUCACCCUCCGUGGGAAAGACGAGGGGAACAUCCCGCACACGGUCCCCGAAGAAGUCCAGGUCCACAUCCAGGAAGUCUCGCUCCGCUUCCAGUCGCUGGUCCCAAUCCUACAGCAGGUCGAGGAGCAGAUCCCGCAGCUCCAGCUACUCCUCCAGGAGCCGCAGCAGGAGUCGGAGGAGACGUGGAAGAGGGCGGUCUCGCUCUCGUAGCAGCACAUAUCGAAGUUACAGGAGUCAUAGCCGGACGUACAGUAGAAGCCAUUCCAGAAGUCGCUCAUAUAACCGCCGCCGGAGAUCCAGGUCAGACUCCUACGACAGCUAUUCCAGUCGGAGCCGGAGCGUGAGCAGGAGACGAGGCCGCAGACGAAGUGACAGCUACAGGAGCUCAGACCGCCGAUCCCGGUCGUACCACUCCUCCAGUCGCAGCUCGUCCAGGCGCAGAAGUCACAGUCGCAGCAGUCGCUACAGCUGAAACGGGGGGAAAGAAAACAAAGUCUGGACACUGUGUGCAACUCACAAUAGCAACCAUCUCAGAUCAGAAAGUAAAGCUCAAAGAGGGAAAUUUUAACCUUGUUACUAGUUCAGUAAUGUGCCGUAUGUCCCUCCUACUUUAAUUGACAUGACAGUCUUUAAAAAAAUGAAUGUUAUCGAAUGUAAAUAAAUAAACCACCUUACAAGCUCUCACAAAGGCAGAUCCUUUUCAGCCUCCUUUUUAGAGGCGGUCACAGCUCAAAACGACCGAGCUGAAACUUGUGACAACUCCAGCAGCCUAUAAAGGAAAAUGUCUGUGAUAAAUAAAUAGAAAUAAGCUGUAUAUGUUUUAUAUUAUUGUAUAUUUGUGUAAUCCUUUUCUACAUCUGUUUUUUUUUUUUAUACACUGAAAUGUACAGUUAGACAUGCCUUACAUGUCUAAUCCUCUCAGUUCUGAUGCGUGUGACGAGUUGAUGGAUUUGUAGGUAUAUUUUGAGGUUACGCCUUAAAUUCAGGGGCAGCGAGACAAGAUUCUUCAAUGGAAAACUUCACCUUUUUGUAGCAGUUUCGAGCUGUUAUUCGUCUUCGUUCCCAUUCGUUUUAUUACUGUAUCAUGAAUGUUUAAAACUGUACUUAAAGUAUAGUGUUUCUGAUUUUAUUCAAACAGUUAUGAAUGUUUACACGUAAUAAAUACCACCGCAUCUUA